AUGAAUGAUACAGAGAAGGUGAACUGGGUGCUCGCGCUUGCCCGUCCUCAAUUGGCUCGCCACAAUAGACUAUUGCAGCAGAUGCUGAAGCCAGGGUCAGAUCCAGAUGAAGGAGAUGAAGCCUUGAGGUAUUACGCCAAUCAUACGGCACAAAUAGAGAUUGUUCGUCAUGAUAGAACAAUGGAACAGAUUGUCUUCCCCGUCCCCAAUAUCUGUGAAUUCCUGACUCGGGAAUCCAAAAGUCGUGUGUUCAAUACAACAGAGAGGGAUGAGCAAGGGAGCAAAGUGAAUGACUUUUUCCAACAGACAGAGGAUCUGUACAACGAAAUGAAAUGGCAAAAGAAAAUUCGGAAUAAUCCAGCCCUGUUCUGGUUUUCUAGACACAUUUCUCUCUGGGGGAGUAUUUCCUUCAACCUUGCUGUAUUCAUCAAUUUAGCAGUUGCUCUGUUCUACCCCUUUGGAGAUGAUGGAGAUGAAGGCACGCUCUCUCCGUUGUUUUCAGUCCUCCUUUGGAUAGCAGUGGCACUUUGUACAGUGAUGCUGUUUUUCAUCUCCAAGCCUGUUGGUAUCCGACCCUUUCUGGUGUCUGUUAUUCUCAGGUCUAUAUAUACUAUAGGGCUCGGUCCCACCUUGAUACUUCUUGGUGCUGCUAAUCUUUGUAACAAAAUAGUGUUUCUGGUGAGCUUUGUUGGGAACCGCGGCACAUUUACUCGUGGCUACAGGGCGGUUGUCAUGGACAUGGCGUUUCUCUACCACGUAGCCUAUGUCCUGGUCUGCAUGCUGGGCCUCUGCGUGCACGAAUUCUUCUAUAGCUUCCUGCUGUUUGAUCUGGUGUACAGAGAGGAGACUUUGCUAAAUGUGAUAAAAAGUGUUACCCGAAAUGGUCGCUCCAUUAUCCUCACGGCAGUGCUGGCGCUCAUCCUGGUUUAUCUCUUCUCCAUCAUCGGGUUCCUCUUCUUGAAAGAUGACUUUAUCAUGGAGGUGGACAGGCUGAAAAUCAAGACCCCUGGUUCAGGUAUUGGCGAAGUCCCCACUGUGACCCUCACAUCAAUGAUGGGAGCCUGUGCAAAAGAGAACUGCUCUGCAAGCAUCCCCCUUACUAGCCCAGGUGAGGAAGAGGAUGGCAUCGAAAGGACCUGCGACACCCUGCUCAUGUGCAUCGUGACGGUCUUGAACCAAGGCCUGCGAAAUGGCGGCGGCGUGGGGGACGUGCUCCGGAAGCCUUCCAAAGACGAGCCCUUGUUUGCUGCGCGAGUUGUUUAUGAUCUUCUGUUUUAUUUCAUUGUCAUAAUUAUUGUUCUCAACCUAAUCUUUGGAGUCAUCAUUGAUACAUUCGCUGAUCUCAGGAGUGAAAAGCAGAAAAAAGAGGAAAUAUUAAAAACAACCUGUUUCAUCUGUGGACUGGAGAGAGACAAAUUUGAUAACAAGACAGUUUCAUUUGAAGAGCAUAUAAAGUCAGAACACAACAUGUGGCAUUAUUUGUACUUCAUAGUUCUUGUCAAAGUUAAAGAUCCAACUGAAUACACUGGUCCUGAGAGCUACGUGGCACAAAUGAUUGUGGAGAAGAAUUUGGACUGGUUCCCUCGGAUGCGAGCCAUGUCCCUGGUUAGCAAUGAAGGUGACAGUGAGCAAAAUGAAAUUAGGAACCUGCAGGAGAGACUGGAGUCCACCAUGAGCCUGGUGAAGCAGCUCUCCGGUCAGCUCGCCGAGCUCAAGGAGCAGAUGACAGAACAAAGGAAGAAUAAGCAGAGACUGGGCUUCCUCGGAUCAAACACACCCCAUGUGAAUCAUCACAUGCCACCACCCUGAUACCAUGGGGAGAAGCGUGACUAGCCUUUCAUCAGUAUUCCUGCCUUACUGUAGAAUAAAGAGCUGAGAUUGAGAGGAGCGAACAGUGCCUAUUGUUGCAAAGUUACAAACAACCCAGCGCCAAGACGCCGAGGGGUUCAGCUCCGGGAACAAUUCG